AUGAUCUCAUGCCCACUGGCCCACCGGCCGGCUCGCCCGCAUCGCCCACAUCGCCUCGCGCAUCGCAUGCGUUGCCCGGACCCCCGCUCGUCUCACCCGCAUCUUCCACUCGACGUCGCGCUCGCCUACUCGCUACAGCUUGACACCACCCACCAUCCCGGCACGUCCUCCGCCUCCUCCACCUUCGUCAACACCUCUGCCUCCGACGCCUCGUCCGCCGUCACCACCACCACCGCCUCCGCCUCCGCCUCCUCCACCUCCUCACGCCGCUCCACCGAGUCCUUGCGCACCAGGCCCAGCGCCAACCGCUGCGACCGCGACCGCACUCCGCAGGACCACUCCAAGUCCAUGUCCGCGGCGAGCACCGCUCACAUACGCGCUGCCCUCCUCGACCAGGCCGCCGCUGCCGCAUCCGUAUCCGCAUCCUCACGCACUGGCCGGCCUUCCCUUCCCCCGGUGUCAUGCCCCCCUCCACCCUUGGCUGCUGUAUGA